AUGUUCGACUUAGCACCCCGCCCCGAUGAACCGAUCGUUAUCUCAACGACCCAUAAAUCAUAUCGAUUGGGAAAAGAUAGAGGACUACCACCUCAUCUUGUUGGUGAACAGAGCAACUAUCUCGUCGAACUAACAGAUGAAAAUGACCCUGCCAAUGCAAAGUCAUGGACUUUUGGAAGGAAGAUGAGAACUGCUGCAGUUCUUGGUUUUGAUACUCUUAUCGCAUCAUGGGGUUCAUCUGUAUACUCAGCAGCUGUGGCACCAGUUGCCUACGAAUUUGGCGUCAGUGAGGUUGUGUCUAUUCUUGGUCCCUUGUUCUUUGGUCCAAUAUCUGAACUCUAUGGUCGAAAGAAACCUGUAACCUUAGCAUGCUUUGUUUUCACCUGCUUUAUGUUUGCAGCGGCAACUGCCAAGGACUUCCAAACAUUGAUGUUAUGUCGAUUCUUCGCAGGUGUCUUCGCUUCUUGCCCCUUGGCUGUCGUCGGUGGCGCUUUCGCUGAUAUGUUUGGAAACGAGACUCGAGGUAUUGCUAUUGCUGCUUUCUCAGCAUUGGUAUUUAUCGGCCCUUUCAUCUCGCCUAUCGUUGGAGCAUUCAUCACCACCUCUCACCUUGGUUGGAGAUGGACCGAAUACAUCACUGGUAUCAUGGGUGCUCUCGCUUUCAUUCUCGACAUCUUGUUCCUCGAGGAAACAUACGCCAAAACACUCCUCCAAAGCCGAGCAGGAAAGAUUCGAAAAGAGACUGGUAACUUUGCCAUUCACCAUAUCAGUGAAGAAGAGAUCAUCAGCUUUGAUGAUCUUGUCAGAAAGCAUUUGUUCCUCCCGUUCAAGCUUCUCUUCGGAGAGCCAAUCGUAUUCCUCAUCACCAUCUAUACCGCUUUCAUCUAUGGUAUCUUGUAUCUUUUCUUGGAAGCCUACCCUAUUGUGUUCGCUGAAUACCGUGGAAUCGACCCAGCAGUUGCAACACUACCAUAUUUGGGAAUGAUCAUUGGUGUUCUCUUCGGUUGUGGUAUCGUCAUUGCCUUCGAGCCAAGAUAUAAUCGCAAACUCAAGGCGAACGGUGGUAUUCCAGUUCCAGAAGAGAGACUUGUUCCAAUGAUGGUUGGUGCUUGUCUAUUCCCAUGUGGUCUAUUCUGGUUUGCAUGGACAGGAAACUAUCCAUCCAUCAACUGGGCCGCUCCAACUGUCAGUGGUAUAUUAACUGGAGCCGGUAUUAUGACCAUCUUCUUACAAGCUUUGAACUACCUCAUCGAUUCAUAUUUGUUUGUCGCUGCCAGUGCGAUCGCUGCCAAUACCUUCCUUCGAUCUUUCUUCGGUGCUGGAUUCCCAUUGUUUGCCACAGCAAUGUUCCACAAUCUCGGUGUCCAAUGGGCUGGUAGUUUGUUGGGUUUCUUGGCUAUCGCAUUUUUACCAAUUCCUUUCUUGUUCUACAAGUACGGUGAAAGAUUGAGAAAGAUGUCUCGUCAUGCUCCAACCGAUUUCGGUGUACCUAAGAAUCAGCCAGUCGACGAGGAGACUGGCACUGGCACUGCAGUUACCACUGCUGCACCUUCGAUUGAAGAGGAGAAACCAGAACGGGUGGUGUAA